AUGAUGGGUAUCACGUCACUAUCACCUAAGGGUCAUGGUUGGCACAAGAAAUUUAGAGAUGAACUUGUGUCAGGAGAGGAAAAGCUACAAGUUGAAGGUGGUGCCUUUUCAGAAUCUAGAGUGAAUGGGAAAUUUACAAGUGAUCAAAGCCUUGUAUAUAAUGCUGUCCUUGAUGCUCAAAAUGCUGUUAUAUCUGCUAUGAGACCCGGAGUAAGCUGGGUGGAUAUGCACAAAUUGGCGGAGAAAACUAUUCUAGAGUCAUUGAAGAAAGGGUGCCUCUUGGUUGGCGAUGUUGAUGAUAUGAUGGUUGAACGAAUGGGUUCUAUUUUCAUGCCGCAUGGCCUUGGACACUUAUUGGGAAUCGAUACUCAUGAUCCUGGGGGUUACUUGAAGGGAGCUGAGAGACCCACAGAGCCUGGAUUAAGGUCUUUGCGCACAAGUAGAGAGCUCCUGGAGGGAAUGGUUAUAACUGUGGAGCCUGGAUGCUACUUCAUUGAUGCUUUGUUGGUCCCGGCAAUGGAAAGUUCAAAAACUUCAAAGUUUUUUGAUCGUGAAGAGAUUAUCAGAUUUAGAGGCUUCGGUGGAGUCCGAAUUGAAAGUGAUGUGGUACUGCAGUUGCUGAACUUUAUUUAUCACAUCUAAACCUUGAUAAUUUUUGCUUUCCUUGAACUUCAAUAUUUGCAAAAGUUUAUGUUCAUCACCAAUCUCACAGCAGAAAAGGCAUUAUAUAACUAAAUCUUAUCAUGUCUUGAUGAAACUAUGAAAUGCUUAUAUCUUAUCAUUUCCUCUUUUAUUAUUUGUCUUGUGAAUUAAAUUGUUUAUUGGUUGAAGGCAUUUUGAUUGCAUAAGGUGUUAAUAUGUUUUGAUUCUGCAUAUAUUCUAUGAAAUGUGAAUACUUUGUUAAGGUCGAUGGAUCCAUUAAGAAUACCUUAUUGGAUACAAUACUUACUAGAUAGUAUCGUAUACACACGUAUCCAAUAAUUAUAAGUAUUUGGAUACUUCACCGGUAUGUAUUCAAAAUACAUAUGCAAAUCAACAUGUAAUUUUUAUUGUUAAUCUUUGUUUUUCCUCUCGAGUUCACAUGUAAUGCAACACAAAGAAAAAUCUAUACGACGUUGAAGACACGUGUAUUUUAUAAGUAUUAUCUACUAUUAUUGGUCAAAAGAGCAUAAAAUAAGUUACUUACACCAUAUAUCUUGGCAAUAAGAUUUUCUAAUUAAACUAACUAAUUAAAACUUUGUGUAAGUUCUUUAAUUAGUCACGUUCACUUUUUGA